AUGGACUUCACGCCAAGAAACAUCGUGAACGUAAGUGGAGAUUGCUUCGACCAUGUUAGAGUUUUCUCUGAUGGAAUGUGGAACGUAAAACAUGGGGAAAGUAUUCUUCAGCAUUCAUUGGUUCGUUUCCAUGUUCAAUUGAUUGUGAUUUUCCUUCUUGUGAACUCUUUUCACUUGGUGCUCCAACGAUUCCAUUUUACCCAUUUCACCUCCGAGAUCCUGGCAGGUAUAGUAUUGGGACAAACUGUAUGGAGAGACAAUGACAAAUCAGAGCGCUUGUUCCCUACAGUAGUGCGCAAUCAAGUCUUUGCUUCAUUAUCAAAGAUUGGUUACAUUCUGUUCUCGUUCUUGAUUGGUGUGAGAAUGGAACCAAGUUUGAUAUGGAAAACAGGAAGAACUGCCACUUUUUUAGCGACUCUGCUGUUCAUAUUCCAUCACAUAGCAAUGCUAAGCAUCGACAUCACGUUUGACAAAGAUAAGGAGAAGUUAACUGCGGGAUUCGUGCUUGCAAAAGAAGCAUUUUCAGCUAUAUAUUUUGCAUCGAUAACCACUACCGAAUUUGUUAUGGUCAGUACCAUUUUAAUGCAGCUUAAGAUAAUAAAUUCGCAGCUUGGACACCUUGCUCUAGCAUCCUCAUUGUUAUUCAAAUUGGCAACCUUUGCAGUAGGAACUUUGUUUGGUUUCAUAAAUGCUUUUGUAAAUAUAUCGUCUCAAGUGGGAGCUCGGAUCGUUAUUUAUUCUCUUGCACUUAUCGUGUUUACUGUAGUCGUGUCGAGGAAAACAAUGCUCUUCUUCAUUAGAAGCACACCAGUAGGUAAGCCUACGAAGGAAAUCUACACCACUAUGACUGUAGGCGUACUAUUUUUAUUGUCAGCAAUUGGUGACGAAGUAGGACUGCAUUAUAUGUAUGGCCCUUUAAUACUUGGCCUGGCAGUGCCUGCACGGUCUCCUUUAGCUGAAGUCCUAGUAGCAAAGUUCGAUACAUUGGUUUCAGGAUUUUUUCUACCACUCAUGGCGGUGUUCUGUUCCUCCAAACUCAAUUUAUUUCAGUUUAUCCACGAGUUUAAGGAUGCUGUUCAUCUCCAGAUUUCAUUGAUUGGAUAUGUGAUGAAGCUGCUGGUAACUUUUAUCGGGGCGUAUUUUUGCAAGAUACCUUUAAGACAUGCUAUUGCCCUCACAAUCAUCUUGAAUGCCAAAGGCAUUACUGAAAUUGCACAAUUUUUAAGCUUCGGUGACAUUACGAAAUUCCCAAUUUGUGCAAACGUCUCAUUGCUUUUUCUCUCAUCAAGAUUGCUUUCUCUCUCUCAGGAACUAGACGCAGCCUCUGGAAUUUUCUUAGUAUUUCUGUUACAAGCAUUUCAGCCACUCCUUAUUAAAAAGCUUUACAAUCCUGCAGACCAAUACAUUGGGUACCAGAAUAAAUCCAUUGAGAAGGCUUCUGAUGAUGCGGAGCUCCAGAUACUUGCCUGUGCACAUAGGCAAGAGGAUGCUGUUGCGGCAAUCAAGCUCUUACAGUAUUCCAAUCCUACAAAACAAAGUCCCUUGUCCGUUUAUGUACUUUGCCUGGAGGAACUCGUUAGCAGUUCCACCCCUCUCCUAAUCAAUCACCAAUUAGGCCAAAAAAUGUCCUCUUACAGGGUAUCCCGCUCACAACCAAUCAUUGAUAUCUUCAAGUAUUUUGAGUCACAGUACAAGAAGUUCGUCCGGGUGAAUAUGUUCACUGCCGUAUCGCCACUAAAACAGAUGCAUGAGGACAUUUGUUGGCUCUCUUUUGACAAGGCUUGCUCCCUAAUAAUACUUCCAUUUCAUAAGAAAUGGAAUAGCAAAGGCAAAUUGGUUUCCAGCAACACUGAUACAAGGAACUUGAAUAUUACUGUACUGGAAAGGGCACCUUGUUCUGUUGGCAUCCUCAUUGAUCGUAGUAGAACCCAGGGCUUGUCUUCUAUCUUCCUUGCGUCAACAUAUCGUGUGGCUGCACUGUUCUUUGAAGGCCCAGAUGAUAGGGAGGCAGUUGCUUAUGCCUUAAGGAUGGCAGGAAGAUUUGGACUUCAUUUAACAGUUAAGCGUUUUAUCACCCCUACUACUGAGCAAGUCUAUCAUGAUUGGGAUUACAUGCUUAACAGUGAAUUUUUGAGAAACUUGAAACUUGGAGUGUCAGAAAGUAGUAGUAUCAAUUACAUAGAGGAGACUGUGAGAGAUGGAGCUGACACAUCAUCCAUAAUAAAGUCAAUGGUGGGAGGUUAUGACCUUAUCAUGGCAGGGCGGCGCCAUCAAACUGAGCCACAAGCUUUUUCAGGUCUAUCAGAAUGGAUGGAUUUGCAAGAGCUUGGGCCGAUAGGGGACCUGCUUGCUUCUGAGGAUAUUACUAGUGCAAUUUCAGUUUUGGUGGUUCAACAGCAGAUCAUGAAAGCAAGUCACAGCAGUACUUUGAAUUAA